UGCUGGGUGAACUUGAACGCCGCCUCAGUCCAGCCGGAGAGUCACUUAUCAGUCCGAGCCCGCCGCUCACCUCUCGGUCCACUUAUCUGUCCCCGAGCAGCUGGACGGAUUCACUCCGACGCGAGGGGACUCCAACUCUGCACGGGGCUUCGGACCCUCGACGCCUCGCCGCCGCGAUGUCCAGACGCAAACUUGGGAGCCGACCGCAACACCUGAGCACAAUCCAAGAUGUGACCGACGCAGCCAGUGGAUGCAGCUCGCACCCGGAGCUGUUUCCUGCCCUGCAGGUCCAUGCCGGUGAAGGUCGCGACCUCCUGACCUGUGGCCAGUGCAGCCUGGCCUUCCCUCUGGCUCAGAUCCUGGACUUCAUCCAGCACAAACAGGGCGGCUGUCUGUCCCGGACCCCGGCCGGCGACCCUCACGCCACGCCUCCGUCCCCGGCUAACCGGGCGCACCAGCGCGACAGCGGCAUCUCGCCCGGCUUCAUCGAGCUGAGGAGGGGCGCGUCCAAGAACAGGAGCUGCUGGGGGGAGGGGCCAGGUGUGCAGGUGAAGGCGGAGCCCAGCAAAACAGCUGCAGAGGAGCCGCUUUACUUCACCUGCCAGCAGUGUGAAGGUGUUUUCUUGUCUGCGUGGUCGCUGUUGCAGCACGCUCAGCACGCACAUUCAUUCAGCAUCUACCAGGAAGACGAAGAGGCUGAGGCAGACGUGACAGCGGGAGAAGAUCACAAGCCUGCAGCCGCCACGCUGGACCCGGGGCAACUGAGUCAAGCUCUUGCAUCUGCCUUUCAGCCUUCCACCCAGCGCCUGAGUUGUCCCCAGCCAGCCCACUCUUCCCCUUCCUCCACUAACCCUCAAGCAUUAAACUUCUCUGUGCGACUCCGGGAGCUGGCCGAAGGCAACAACGUCAAUCCCACCAGCGGGUCUCCUACGAGCAUGAUGCUCUCCCCAUCUUCUUCCCCGCCGGCGGCUUCCCCUUUUCCUCAAACGGGUCACCUUCAGGGAAACUUUCACUGUGAGCUCUGUGACCAGAGCUUCCAGUCAAUACGGGCUCUGUCUGCCCACCGCAGGACUCAUGCCUGUGACAGGCCCUACCACUGCGGGGUGUGUGGCCAACCCUUUCCCCAGAGCGGUCAGCUGGCCAGACAUAUCCGGAACCAUCACAGGGAGGCAGGGGGAAGGGUAGGCGGGUACGAGCAGGUGGACAUAGCCGUGAUGGACGAGGUGUCGGGGAGGCAGGGGCAGGCGAAAGGAAGGUUCCAAUUGCAGCCCGCUGACUUGCCCAAGCACCUCACAAAUGCUGAUGUAAGAUCUCAAGGCCCCUCAGAGAUGGACUUGUCACUGACCCAGCACCAUUCCAUCGCAUCCAGCCUCAUGCUUCUGACCUCACAGGCAGGGCCAUCGGACGGGGAGCUGCUAAGAUUGUACCACCAACAAAGGGAAGGGGGAAAUGUGGGCGAGGAGGAGGUGGAUGGGCAGCCUCCGCAUGCCUCACCCUGUGCCAGUCCUUCUGAGGGCUCUUUGGAGAGCGGAGAAACUGGGGGCAGCGGAGAGAGUGGCAUCGCUAGUGGAAAUUGCACCCCCAAACAGCACGAGCCGAGUGACCGAGGUAGAGGCUUGGCGGAGUGGGAGAGCGAGAGGGUGGAGAGUGGUAGGGAGAAGGAAUGGAGUACAGUCAAAGUCAGUGAGGCCGUGCAGGAGUGGCAGCGGGAGAGCGAACGCAGCGAGGUCAGCAGGACCAGCAGCAGCUUGACCGGUAGCUCUGGCGGCAAGAAAAAGAGGGAUGAGGCCUGCGAGUAUUGUGGGAAACAGUUCCGCAACAGCAGCAAUCUCACCGUGCACCGCCGCAGUCACACGGGCGAGCGGCCCUACCGGUGCGGCCUCUGCAACUACGCCUGCGCCCAGAGUUCCAAACUGACACGGCACAUGAAGACGCACGGCGCUCAGGGAGCCAAAGCUCAGUUUCUCUGCCAACUGUGCUCAGUCCCCUUCACCGUUUACGCCACCCUGGAGAAGCACCUGAAAAAGGUGCAUGGCCUCGGCCACGCCAGCGUGGGAGCAUACGCACAGGCCAGCGCCGCCGACACGCUGGCGGCCAUGAAGGUGGACGAGGAGGCGGUGAAAAUGGAGGAAGAUGAAUCCAGUUUGGAUCGGAUGCAGCAGGAUGUUAAAAUUAUGGACGUCGAGGAGGGACAGUGUCCAGGUACGGGGGACACAAUUCACCCUCCAGAGAGCGCUGUAGAGGCGGCCCUGGCCUUAACCACUAUGUGAGAACAACUCAAGUGGGAUCGGAAGGCCGCCGGCUUUGUGCUUUAUCAGCACACUGGAAGUUGGCCAUGCUGUUGUCGAUUUCUAUGCAAAUGUGCUGGUUGAAACCAAGUGCCUACACUUCAUCACACCUCAGAGCAAAACAAGGCCAUGACAUUCAGCAGGGAGAUUACCAGCACUUGUGAGCAGGAAGUGAACCGCUACGGUCCACGCCAACGCCGGAAACCAAUCACCACGCAGUAGCGCAGGAAACAAGACGCGUGAUUUAUCUGAUCCCCCGGACAAAGUGACACAAACUGUCGAAUCACACACAGAAUAGUUCGCACAACGUCCCAACCUGCCCGACCGAUCACGGCGGACACAAGGAGGUCAUAUUGGGCCGUGUUGCUUGUUUGGCUUUCUUUUGAGAGAAGACCAUUUAAAGAUGUUUGGACAGACAAGGAGGUGAAUCAAAUCCAAACACUGUCUGCCUGCGGAUUCUCAAAGUCCUCCUUUAAGAGGCGUUGAGUUGUCACAACACUUGUCAAUUCAUGUUAACAAGGCUCAUGCGAGGCUCUGCUCCCGACUGCGUUCUUAAGUGGGUCACUUUCUUUUCUGCUGAAAAACAAAUGUGAAUUAGAAAACUCUCACUUCCUGUUUUGUUUCUAUGCAUCAAGUGCUUCUUUCCGUCAAAUGGGUGUAUAAUAUUUUUAUAGUUUUGUGAUGGUAUCUUUUGUAUUGUUUACAUAAGUGAAAUGGCCGACUGCUUGAGGCUUGAGCAUGUUUUGCAGCCGUUCUCCCUCUUAUUUAUGAAUGCAGCAUGCAAGUCUGCUGCGCGACAACUAUAGAGGUAGUUAGUUGUGUUUUUCGUGAGCACUUGGUCGUGUGAGUUCUCGUGCGAAUGUUCCUGUGUGUCGACAGUUCUGCUAGGAAUUCUAAAUUUCCAUAUUUGUAAAAGUCAGUUUCAGUCAACAAGGAGAGUUUUGGUUUAAAGUGAAAAGCACUGUGAUUAUUUUCUGUUACAGUGUCAGGGACCAUUUUGUGAUUUCUGAAUUUCCAUUGUUACUUUUCAGGGAUAAUAUUUUGUAUAUACGUUCUCUGUUAUUAUAUUAUUAUUAUUAUUAUGAUGAAUAAUAUUAUUGACUGCCUGUCACUGUAACCUGCCUGCUGAUCGGCUGUUGUGAACGUGCGUCGCCCUGUUGUUCUUGACGCUGUUUUAUAAUAUUGUCUUGGAAAUAGACCUCAAUAAAGACC